UGUAGUCAUCAGAAGGACCCCUCACAUCCAUCAUGGCGGCGACCGUACGGAUGUGUAGUGCCCUCCGCAUCACAUUCGGAGGUGUAGCACCUCUCCGUACCAUCGUACCAGCAGCUCAGGUAUCCCAGUUUGUGAGUCGAGCCUCAGGUGCCUCUCUCCAAAGGAACCCUGCACUUCCACAGUCCCCUGCCACAGCAUGGCAGCAAACUCGCCAUGGUAGCUUCUUCAAUAAGUUGACAGCUGAUGAGCUUUGGAGAGGUGUUUUGGCAGAGACGGGUUCUGGAGGGAGAAAGGGCAGAGGGAAGAGAACCAAGCGUAAAAUGAAGACAGACUUGAACCGGGGACAAAUCCUUGGAGAAGGUCAAGGUGGUUUUCUGUGGCCUGGUCUGAACACGCCUGUGGUGAAGGAUGGCAAUCUGCAGAGCAUGGGCCGAAGAGACGAGGCUGAGCAGCAGGAGGUGCAAGCUGAGAUGGUUCGUCAGAGGGAUGAGUGGGAUAAGAGGAAGAAGACGAAGCAGAAGAGGGAGAGAGGAUGGACAGGAAACUCCAUGGGAGGCACCAGCCUGGGACCCCCUGACCGUGGACCCAAUGGAGAAACCUACGAGGAUUUUGAUUCACGUGUCAUUGAGGUGAAGGCUGUGUUUAACAUGACGGCCAAAGAGGGAAGAAAGAGGUCGAUUAGCUGUCUGGUUGCAGUGGGAAAUGGCAAAGGAGCUGCAGGCUACGCUUUGGGUAAAGCAGCAGAUCGAAAUGCAGCUCUGAGGAAGGCCAAGAACAGAGCAAUCCACUACUUGUACUAUAUAGAUCGAUACCAGGACCACACCAUUUAUCAUGACAUUGAGUCCAAGUACAUGAAGACAACGCUGCGCAUGAAGAAGCAAAGCGAAGGUUAUGGUCUGCGCUGCCACAGAGCCGUCAUCACUCUGUGCAAGCUGAUCGGCAUCAAGGACAUGUACUGCAAAGUAGAGGGAUCGAUCAAUUACCUCAGCAUCACCAGGGCUCUCUUCAGUGGAUUGGCCAAACAGGUAACACACCAGUCUCUGGCUGACAAGAAGAAGCUCCACGUCGUUGAGUAUCAGUCACAGCGAGGCCCCCUCCCCAUACUCGCAGCGAGUCCUAAAGAUGGGGCACGACCCGACCCGGAGCCAGAGGACGAGAUUCCCGACACUCCGCUGCACUGGGAUGACGUUCGAGCUGCGCAGGGAAGCAAACGCUCCGUCUGGGCGGGAGUCAAACGCACCGUCUGGUAGGACAGGAGUGUGCUGCUGAUGACUGAUCAGACAACACUGGACAGAGAAAGGCCAGAGGAGUCUGAUAGGUCUAAUUUUGGCAUCAUGGACUCAAGUUGCAUCUUUUUCUUACUUAAAAAAACUUUAUCCGGCACACCUCACAAAGGUAAUAUUAAGACUCGUUCAAGUAUGAAAGUCCUAGAUAUCAGUGUUUCCUUUACAAAUUCAAUAUGAAUAAAAUAUAAACCUUGAAAAACAUUUUACCUUUCUGUUACCAAAGCGUUGAAUAAUCGUGUUAUAUCUUAGAAGUCUGACAGGAGACGGGCCUCGUGCUACUGUCACAACAGAGGGGACAAGUUAACAGGGCUAAAUUAUUUAACAAGCACAGUGUCUGCUUGAAAAGUGGCACGAGAGUCAGAAGAACACAAUUCAUCUUCUGGGAAACACAAAUGUCUGUGAAUAAAUACGUUUUAUUUGUAUAUCCCAAAUUCACAAAUCCCUGUAAAUCACCUGAAGGUUGAUGGUGAAGAAUUUGUAGAAACUGUCUUUAUCAUUAUCUGUCAUUAUAUGUAGCAACAUCCUGUGUAAGAAAGGACUCGAGAAAAAAAUCUAACGUACAUAUUCACACGCAUCAUAUUCAGCCUAUUGAGGCAAAUACAUGAUACUUGAUUUCUUGAGUUUCCCUUUGGAAUAUCAGAGACAAAUGCUUGAUUUGAAUCAUUUCAAAGUGAUUUUGACUUUGAAUUUUGAUCUCCAAUCUGGCAUGGGUUUCAAAUGUACUGGGCCUGAUACUGGCAGUUUGAGCCUCACUCAGUCAUUUUCUUAUUUUCUGGAGGUCGUACAUCGUGUCAGAACAGAAGUUUCGUGGCGUAACAUCAGCGCAGUAAUAGUCAGAGGCAGCGUUCACUGUAAACGUUUCUGUAUCAUUAAAAAUGAAUCUGAAACUGUUA